AUGGAUAAUUGUAAUCCAAUUUUAACACCAGUAGAAGAAAGAUUGAAGUUGAUUAAAGAUGGGACAAGAGAGCUAGUAAAUCCAAUAGAUUUUAAAUGUCUUGUUGGAUGUCUCAGAUAUCUGACUGCUACAAGACCUGAUAUCGUAUAUGCAGUUGGUUUGGUUAGCAGAUUUAUGGAGUCACCAAGACAAUCUCAUUCACAUACUGCAAAACAUAUUCUGAGAUAUGUCAAAGGAACAACUAGUUUGGGAAUACAUUAUACUGUUUCAGAAGAUCCAAAGUUGGUUGGUUUUACUGAUAGUGAUUGGGCUGGAGAUACAGAAGGAAGAAGAAGUACAUCAGGUUAUGGAUUUCAGUUGGGAAAUGGAUUUUUCUCUUGGUCAUAUAAGAAGCAACAAGUUGUUGCAUUAUCUACAACAUAA